GCUGCAUCAUUAUCUUAUGCACCAAGACACACGCACACUGCUCAUCUCAUACGCACCCACCCACGCACAACCGGUACACACGUCAGUAGUGUUUGGUGAGCAGGUUCUUCCUGAGCUCCCCCAUCUUAGAUCUCAGCUUGUGUCUCUUCUCCCGAUCCUCCCUCUUGCUGGGCUGCCGCUUCCGCUUCUGCUCCAGCCGCUUCUUCAGCGCAUCUGCACGAGCCUUGUGGAAACCCAAUGGCCUUCAACCAACACACCACAGCACAGUAACCACAGCAGACGGUGAAUGCAUGUCGUGUGCUCGCUUCGAGGGUGGAUUGUGUUGUGUUCGCUCACUUUGGUGGUGUGUAUCCGCUCCGCCUGGCGCGGUCGACGAGUUUCUUGGGGCGUGAGAGGUCCCUCUCGGCCUUGCGGAUGCCAAAGCCGCCUGAUGUGUACAAUGACGGAUGAGAGAGAAACAAGGGCGGCGUCUCCUUUGUGUCACCCACUGACUGACCAGCUUGGCUGAGUUGUUCGAGCCUCCCCCCCUUCUCGUAGUCCUUCCUAGAGGAUGACAGGUCGGACAAGGGCCGCCCCAGACGGAUCGCCCUGCACACAGCCAACGAACAAACGACACGAACCGCACACAAUCGGUCCACGCCUUCACUUGCGGCACAUACGGAUGGGCGUACCUCUGCACACCCGUGGCGAGCACUCGGUCUCGCCUCUGCAGCAGGCAGAGGACCGAGCCCUUGCUGCCAGCGCGGCCUGUGCGACCGGCCCGAUGAAUGAAGUCGAUGGGGUUGAGUGGGAAGUCAAACAUGACCACCUGGUCCACCUGCGCGAUGUCCAGACCCCUACACACACACAACACCACAAUGCGAGACGAGACGGGACGGCACAUCGCAAGCAAAGCACACGUGUGUGUUCCGUCUGCUCACUCACCUGGCGGCAAGGUCGGUGCACACGAGGUAGGGCACCUGGCCGUGUCGGAAGGCCUCGAGGUUGGCCUUUCGCUGCUCCUGCGGCACCUCACCGUGAUAUGCCUGGAUGGAUGGAUGGAUGGAACACACACACACACACACACAUAUGGCCUCCCUGCUCUGCUGAUGCGGUGCCUCCAUUGUCUUUGUGUUCGCACCAGUGAGGUGAAUCCCGCCUCCUGAAUGGCAUGCUGGCAUGCCCUGCAGCUGUUGACGGUGUUGCAGAACACCAGCGUGCUCUUACGGUACACCUCACCAGCCCCUCUCUGACCAUCACCUCCCUCUGCAGGCCGCUGCGGCCCCCUCACCUUCAGCAGCUCUCGCAAGGCGUCAAGCUUGUCCUCUCCCUGUAUCCACAACAGCCAUACAGAGAUUGGGAUGGCAUCAUGGAUGGUCUCUCAAUGAGUGUGUCUUUUCCUCACCUUAGUGUCGAUCAUUUCGUAUCGCACAUUUGGGAGCGACUUGUGCAGCCCCGGCGCCUCGACGUAGCGCACGGCCGGGAGAUCCUCUUGGUCCAGCAGCCGCCUGACGGCCUUGGUCAGGGUGGCAGUGGCAAACACCAGCUGGGGCUGCUCGGUGUCGGGUCUGGUGAUGAGCGGCUGUAGGAGUUUGUUGAUGUCGGGGCCGAAGCCCUGCAUGAGCAUCGUGUCGACCUCAUCUAUCACCACGUAAGACACCUGCAGACACAGAUAUGGAACUACGAUCAUGUGACGGUUCGUUCGAGGUCCCUGGUACCUCGCUGAGCGCUAGGUUGCUCUUGUCCCAGUGGAACAGGACGCGCCCGGGUGUGCCGACGACCACAUCGAGGAUCUUGGACAGGUCGCGCUUCUGCUUAGCGAAACUAUCGCCACCGAUGACCGAACACGACGACAACUGGCACCCACAGCGCACACACAUGGAGUGAAAAGAAAGGUGCCUUGUUGCGUUGUCACCUUGGCCAGCUGGCUGCUGCCUCUCAGGACCUCCAGUACUUGUUGGCUCAGCUCGCGUGUGGGGGAGAGAAUCAGAGCACGGGGCCGCUUCGGCCGCCGCAAUGACCGGCCGUCCAGCUCCUGAGCGAACACGCAAGUGACCCACCAAUCGUCCUCAUGUGCUAAUUGUCUCCAUCUCUCCCUGCGUACCUCUGAUUUCAGGUGUUGCAUCAUGGGCAGCAGGUACGCGAGCGUUUUGCCGGAUCCCGUCUCGGCCGCGAACACGAUGUUGCCGCCCGACAGCACCUGUGGGAUGGCCAGCCGCUGGAUGGCCGUGGGCUCCACAUCGCCCAGCAUGCUAGCCGUGCCACGAGCUAUCGACUCCUCCAGACCCAGCCGGCGCCACUUGAGCAUGUGCUCACCCUCGACCUGGACCUGAUGUGCGCUUGUUGGCUUGACAGCUGUGACGACGGGCUUGGUCUGCGGUGUGUCGGGCGGGUUGUCUUUCGGUGUGGGCUCGGACUCGUCUGGUUUCCCUUCCGACGUCCACUGUUCCCAUUGGCCGUCAGAGCCGCUGGACGUCCACUGCUCAGCCUCUUCGUGCUGUUCUGCGGCUUCCUUCUCUCCUUUGAUGUCUUCUUCCUCCUCGUCCAUGAAGCCCUCCUCUAGGACCGUCAUGAGCAUGGUGCCCAGGUCGACUGACGGCAGCUGAGAGAGCCGCAGCCUCAUCCCAUCGGCAUCACCGCCCGUCUCGGAUAUGAGCUGCUGCAGCUCCGGUAUGCCGAAAUCAUCAAGUUCACCAUAACCAUCCUCCUUAGCACCGGUCGAUUCGAGGAUGAGUUCGAUGGCCUCUGAUCUCGUCACGCCCAUGCCGCUGAGGACCGAGUCAUCAUCGGCAGCUUUCUCAUCCGCCGACGGUUCGCCAGACAGGCCUGUUUGCUGGUCAUCCAGCCGGAUGCCGACCUCAGGCACCUUCUGUGCGUCGUCUGGUGCAUGCACAGCGAUGGGCGCGUCACUCGUAAGGCUGUGAGGGAGAGCAACAACGUCACUACCGGAAGGCUCGUCGUCCGAGUUGGUCGCCAGGGACGCCGCCGCCUCUUGCUCCUUGGUUUCAUCUUCGGUUUGCGCGAAAAGCUGAGUGAAUGUCGUCGUGACUUGCUCGUCCGUCAUCUGUGGUAGGUCGGCCGCCAGCUGGUCCAGUGCUGCCGUGUCCCCGCCACGCUCUUCCUCUGACACCCGCGCCGCCUGCAUGAUUGCCUUCUCCAUCUCACCCCGAGACACGUUGACCACACUCGCCCCUCCCGUCCAGCCGAAAGCAGCCAGCGAAGCGUCCGCAAUCCGUCGCAGCGCAGUGACGUCGAGACUCCGCCACUCCUCCUCGGUCUGCGGGGCGUCAGUCGGCAGCAUGUCGUUGUCCUUCAAGUCCCCCAUGAGCUCAAGGAGGUCGUGACGAGACAUCCCCGCCAGCACUUGAGGUGCAGCACGCUCCACCUCGACAGUGUCUGACACCUCCAGCAGCGGCUCAAGGGGGCCACCGGCCUCGGCAAUAGCGGCCGACCUCUCAGCUCGCUCCUGCGAGGCGCGAUACAUGUUGCCCCAGAGCGCCCGCACCUCCUCGUCAGUCAUGAGGGGCACGUCGUCUCGUGUGACGCCUUCUUGCGUGAGGAGGAGGUCGGCGUUGCCUUCGUCCAGGACGAUGCUCUCCAGCACGUUGCGGUCAAGUCGUGAGGCCCUGGCGGGGUCAGCCGCAUCCUCCAGCCGACACAGGGCCUUCGCGCAAAGCAACCUGCACACACACAGCCACAGUUGUGUCCUUCCUGUUGCGUAUAGUUGAUCACCGACCUGAUGCGCUCUGUUGAGAUGGUGUCGUAGUGUUCCAUCCCAGCCGCUUGCUCGGGCAGCGCCGCCGCCACGAUGGGCAGAAUGUCCAGCAGAUCAUCGCGGGACAUGGCCUCAAGGUCGCUGAACUUUUCUCUCACCCCCUCACUCGCCUCCUCCUCCAACUCCGCCCUGAGAGCCGCCUCCCGCUCUGCACGCCGCCACUCUUUGGCGACGCGCCGCCUCUCCUUAUCUUCCUCCUGCAGGCGGCGCUCCUCGGCAGCAAACUCUGAAAGGUCCCACCCGGUCGACCCCACGGUCGCCGCGAAGAUGCGGAGCAGCUCCACGUCGGAUGCCGCCGUGAGGUACUUCCGUGUCCUCCGCUUGGGCGGGGCGAACAUCUUGUUCUUGCGGAUGAGGUCAACCAUCUCGUCGCGAGUCAGGCCGAGAGCAACGGUUGCUGAGCCGCCUCUGUCGGCUGGUGGUGUGUGGUCAGCCGUCGGCUGAGUAUCAGGUAGAUCGUUGACCACAGGAACUGUGCUGUCUGGGGUCGUUGAGGGCGACAGCUCGUGAAGAGUGUCUCUGAGACCUCGUUGCAGCCUCGGAUCUGGGAACAAGGGGACCAGGCAUCAAGAUGCGUCGAGGCUUCCUGUCUGUGUCGGUCUCCCCACCUGGUAGCACAGCGAUCAUUGCCGUGAACAGAUCCACAGCAUCGACGUGCUCGCGCCACUGCUCACUCCUCCUUGCAUCCCCGAAGAGCCCCAGCACCUUCGACAGGUACUCCCUGCUGCCCAUCCGGCCGUCACGCCAGUCCACCGACAGCGACUUGAAGUCGCCAAACGCCACAUCGCCCACAUAGGCCUUGAGGCGCUUGGCAAACACCCUGUUUUGGGUCACACGCUGAUCUGCGUUAAAGGUGCGAGUCGCCUUGAGCACACCAUCAAUCUGCACACAACGAAGGCCGGCAAAGACAACCACAGUGGGAGCAGCAACACGUGUCAGUGAGCCAGCAUGUGCGUGGCUGACCUCUGCCUGUGCACCCCUCAGCAGUUGCAGCUCCUCGAUGUCCCACAGGUGCUGAUCGGCAGGAGGUGACAAAUCCGUCUCAGCAGCAGGUGGUGAUUCCAGUGAUGGCUCCAUGAUGUUUGGCGCUGCCGAAGCAGGCUGCAGCACCAAACCUGCCACGGUGCACACACAUCAGCAGCACAUUGGAGGAGUCAAAUGAGCUGCCUGUGCAAGAAAGCAUCCAUCUGUGAUUCGUUCACCUGACGAGCGGCGUGGGAGUCGCUGUCUGCGGGGAGGUAUGUGUGGCACCACUGCAUUCGGCAGAUGGAUGAAGCCAGCACCACACACCGCUGAUGGGAUGCCGGACGCCGCCGCACCACCGACCAAAGCGUUGAUCAACUUCAUCUUCUAUUGAGUAGCUGGCUGGCCACAUGUCCACUGAUCCGCGAGAAUGGCUUCAUUCAGCAAGGUCUGUUU